AUGUUUCACCACUACAGGCCCAAACACAAGGAUACUUCUGAAAUGAUGGACACUGAAGAGGAGACAAAUUCAAAUGAUGAUGAGAGACCUGAGCUGGUUUCUGCAUCCACCAGUGGCACAAGUGAUAAAGGAAAGAGAAAGAUGGAUCUUCGGGACCGGUCCAGCAAAUGUCAGUCACCAACUAAAAAAACACGACUUGACACUGAACCGGGAUCAUCAAAAGAAAACAUACUGUCUGUUGUGAAAGCCACCAUGGGAUUGGUCGAGGUAGGACUGCCUAACCAAGACAACAAAUUCAACAACUUCGUCAAGCAAAGCAUCCAUGAUUUGGAGACAGACAAGAGGGAGCUGGUUGGUGUCUUUGGUAAAACCGGGGCUGGGAAGAGCUCUUUGAUAAAUGCAAUCAUUGGAGAGAAGAAUCUCUUGCCAUCUGGAAGUGUCAGUGCAUGUACUACAGUCAUGAUUAAAGUCGAGGCUAACAGGCAGAACAUGAAGUACGAGGCACACAUUGAGUUCAUCACAAAAGAGGAGUGGAAGGAUGAGUUGUGGACCUUUCUGAAUCUCCUCAAGGAUAACGCGGAUCAGGAGAAUGAUGAGGAUUAUUGUGACACCGUUGAAAAGCUGUCAGCUCUGUAUGGAGAGGAAUGGAAGAACAAAUCUGCUGAAAAUCUCAUGGAAUACAAACAUUUCAAAGAAAUCCCAGAAUUUCUCGAUUCCCAGAAGAAGAUUUUGACAUGUGAAUCAGCUAAGGAGCUCUCUGUGGUAUGUGCCAAAUACACAAGAAGUGACUCAAUAGACGGAGAAGCUAAAGGAGUAAAGAGGUGGUACUGGCCACUGGUGAAGUGUGUGACUGUGAGGGUGCCAGAUAAUGAAUUUCUCCAGAACGUCACACUUGUGGAUCCUCCUGGAAAUGGGGACUGUAACAAGAGCAGAGACCAGAUGUGGAAAGGGGUGGUUGGAAGUUGCUCUACUGUGUGGGUCGUGACUGACAUUAAUCGAGCAGCAGCAGAGAAGGAAGCCUGGGAGAUCCUGGAAAGUGCCAGCAACCUCGUGGGAAAUGGUGGCGAGUGUCAGCGCAUUCACUUCAUCUGCACCAAGUCAGAUCAUAUUGAAGACUGGGAUGAUCAGUCAGCAGCUGGUGUUCGUGAUCUCAUAUUUAAAAGAAACAAACAUGCCAAGAGAAAAGUAAAUCAAAAAUUCAGCAAACUAAACCAGGUUAAGAAACAUUUCAGUGAUGAAUGUUUCAAAGUGUUCACAGUGAGCGCCAAAGAGUUUCUAAAAAAGAAACAUCUAGACGCAGAUGACACUGAGAUACCCAAACUUCAGGAACUUCUGCAAGAUCUCAACGACUGUCACCCAGAGACAUUAAACUAUGUGUCUGGAGCUCUUGAGAUUCUCUCUCUGAUUCAAGGGGCCAGCCGUUCACAAGGGGAUGACAAGACGGAUGUGUGCACAGAACUUGAAGAAAAGAUGAAGAAUGAACUUUAUAAUGUCAGAAAAUCCAUGGAAGAGACUCACAGGUCUUUUGAAAGAUGCCUCAGUGAGGGUGUCGAAAACUCCAAAAGUUCAUGGGAAAGAAAAUUAAAUUCGGUCUUACAUCCUCCUAAGAGCAAGGAUAAAGGUUUUCACAGGACAUUGAAGUGUGUAGUUCAGAACGGCGGCAUACACAAACCAAGAGGAAGGAAAGAAAUCAACUUGAACAUGAAGUUGGCUUCAUGUCUGACUGACAGCAUUGAUGAGGAAUUCAAGAAGACCUUCCCAAAUGAAGGAAAAAAUGAACCAUUUAAUGGGAUCAUCAAUAAGUUUUCAGUUGGCACAGAGAGGAUGAUGGGAGAGGGGCAAAAAUAUGAUGAUGUUGAACUGCUACUCACAUUUCUCAGCACAGAGGAAGAAAUAAUUAAGACAAAACUGAAAGAAAUCAUCCGGGAGCGCAAGAAAAUAAUCUACAGCAGUCUGAUGAGGACAAUCGAGGAAGACAUGCAAGAAUGCUAUCAAAGAGCAGCAGAAUUUACAGGAGCCAGCUCACUGGACAAUAUGAGGAGAACUAUUAUGGAACAUGUACAUAAUUCAGGGAACAUCAUGUUUGAGAAGGCGAAAAAUGAAAUGUUGAACCAGCUGGUCAACCUGAAGAUGGAGAUCCUGGAGAAACUGGAGAAAACAAUGCAGGAAUCUAUCGAGCUGUCACUCAAGACAGAUGGUGCCUCGAUCCCAGAUGUUCAAGCGGAGCUUGAGCUGGUGAAUUUGUACUACAAUGAACUGAUGUGAAGCCCAGGUGAUGAACCUCUUGUUUGAUCCACCGGGUCCAACAGCUACACUGCAUCCAUGACAUCUGCACAGGU